AUGUUGACGGUCGAGAAGCAGUGGAUCAAUGUGCAGCAGAAGACCUUUACAAAAUGGCUGAACGACAAGCUGAAGGCCCGGAUCCUGGCCAUCGAGGACUUGGUCACCGACCUCUCUGAUGGGGUCAUCCUCAUUCACCUCCUCGAGAUCCUCGGAAAUGAAUCUCUCGGUCGAUAUGCGUCGAAACCCAAGCUGCGGGUGCAGAAAUUCGAAAAUGUCAACAAGAGCCUGGACUUCAUCCGAGGGCGGCGGAUUCAGAUGACCAACAUCGGUGCGGAAGAUAUCGUCGAUGGCAACCGCAAGAUCAUCCUGGGUCUGAUCUGGACGCUGAUUCUGCGGUUCACGAUUAGUGACAUCAACGAGGAGGGUAUGACCGCCAAGGAAGGGUUGCUGUUGUGGUGUCAGCGGAAGACGGCGUGCUACGACGAUGUCGAGGUUCGGGACUUCUCGACCAGCUGGAAUAAUGGGUUGGCGUUCUGUGCGCUGCUCGAUAUCCAUCGGCCCGAUCUGAUUGACUAUGAUUCUCUGGAUAAAAGCGACCACCGUGGCAACAUGAAGCUGGCGUUCGAUAUUGCAUCCAACGAAAUUGGCAUUCCCGACCUGCUGGAUGUGGACGAUGUGUGCGAUGUACCCCGACCCGACGAGCGGUCUCUGAUGACCUAUAUUGCCUAUUGGUUCCAUGCCUUCUCACAGCUGGAGCGAGUGGAGAAUGCGGGACGGCGAGUGGAGAAGUUCGUCAAUAACAUGCACGGCGCAUGGGAUAUGCAGUCUGGCUACGAGCGCCGGAUGAGAGAUUUGCUUCGCCUGAUUCGAUCGCAGCGCGAGACAUGGCAAAACUCCUCGUUUGAAGGAACAUACAAGGAUGUCAAAGAACAGGCGCAUCAGUUCGCGCUAUACAAGCGGAACGAGAAGCGUCAGUGGGUGGCAGAGAAGUCCGACCUGGCUGCCCUGCUCGGGAACAUCAAAACGAAACUGGGCACCUACCGGUUACGUUCCUACGAGCCGCCGAAGGAACUGAGCCUCGAGACUUGCGACCAAGAGUGGGAGCUUUUGACCAGAGACGAACACCAGCGCAGCCAGCUGAUCAACGAGACAAUUCGAGAUAUCAAGAAUGCCCUGCGCCGGUCAUUCGCGGACAAGGCCAAUGAUUUUGCACUGACGCUAAAGACCCUGUCUCUGGCCAUCUCCGGAUUGGAUGGUGAUGUUGAAGAUCAGCUCGACCAUGUCAAGAAGUUAAAUGACAACCUUCCGCCCCUCGACGCCUUCCUGGACACCAUCGCCGAGUUGGAUGAGCAGUGCGCCGAGGCCAACAUCGAAGAAAACGACUUCACCACAUACAACCUCGACGAGCUUUCAUAUGAGCUCAGCCUGGUGAAGUCCAGCAUCUCGAAGAAGCUGGCAUUUUUAGAGAACCAGAUGGUGGCCCGCAGCAUGACCAAUCUCACCCCCAUCCAGCUGGAGGAAUUUGAGUCCGUCUUCCGCCAUUUCGACCGCGAUUCAUCCAAUACCCUGCAAGAGCUUGAGUUCUCGGCUGCACUGGCCAGUCUGGGACUGGUUUACGACGAAGAGGAGAUGCAUCAGGUCUACGUGGAAGUCUGUGGGCCGGACCGGCUGGCUCAGAACGCGGGUGUCAGCUUUGAGCAGUUCAUUCACUUUAUGGUCAGCGUCACUGAGGACCAGAAUACUGCCGAACAAGUUUUCCAGAGCUUCAAGGAGGUUGCUGAUGGCAAGCCAUAUGUCACCGAGCUCGAUCUCCGACACUCGCUCAUCCCUGACGAGGUCAUCGAGCACCUCGUCAAGACAAUGCCCCAGCACGAAGGCCCUGACCUCCUUGAGGACCGGGAGCUGGCCAAGUUCGACUACAUCAGCUUUAUGGAGAAGAUGAUAGAGGACCAGAAAAAGAAUGGCGGAGGAAAGGAGUGA